AUCUUAAAAUUUUCGCGUCAUUUCAGAUCUAAACAAGAUUUCCAGCGAUUUUUGCGUGUUUUCUGUGUUGACACGAUCUGAAAAUGAAGAUAAAGGAAGCUGGACCUUCUCGACUAGCGGAUCGGCUGGCCGCCGCGGCCGCAGAUGCCAAUUGCAUCUGCCGCAGGCCGGAAACGAACGUCGUUUGUGGAAAUUGUUCCGCCAAGUUCUUCGGCCGGGUGCAACGAACCUGCCCGAGCCACACUCACGUGAUAUAUCUGCUGGAUUACGGAUAUUGUCCGAAAUGCAAAGCGCCGUGGCGUUCGCUGGAGGAGCUUACGGCGGCCGAAAUUUUUGAACAGGAUCUGGCCAAGCUGAGAACCGCCAGCAGCAAACCGGUCAUUCGAACUUAAUGUCUAUCUAUUUUUGAAGAUCCUCCUUAAGAUUUCUUUCUUUCUUGAAUAAAUAUCCUUGAUUUAAUUUCAA